AUGGCUUCAUUAUAUUCUUUUAGUGCCUCAUCUGCAAGUUCUGACUCGGAAAAUGAAAUGAGAGACAUGCAAUUUAAUAUCAAUACAAUGGAUUUUAAUAAAACACAUUUUUCAUUAAAAAAUUCAUCAGAUUUAAGUUCAUCAUGUCAAACUUCAAACAAUUCAUUAAGCUAUUUUAAAAAACUUAAAAGAAAAAAUGAACCAGAAACCCGACUUAAAAAUAAGUCUAUUAUUUCACCAUAUUCAUUACUAAGACCAUUAAAAAUCGAUAAUAAUUUACAUGAUUCAAAAACCAAAACAAAUUAUAUUAAUAAAAAAGAAGACUUUAUUAAGAAACAAACUGAACACUUAAAUCAUAUUAAUUUAAACAAAGAAUUUUCGACAUAUACAAUGGAAUCUUCAUCUAGCUCUGCAGAUUCUCUUAACAUGAAACAUUUAACACAGAUCUCAAAAAUUAAAAAAAUCAAGAAUUCUUCUGGGAGUUUGGAAACUCACAAAAAUAAAUUCUAUACAAAAAGGAAAAUAUCAAAUAUUAAUAAUUUAAACAUCAACAAAGAAAAUAUUAAACCAAUAGAAUUUUCAACAUCUUUGGAUUCCAUUGAAUUUUCAGAUGUAAACACUCAUUUUUCAAGUUCUCAAAAUACAGACCUUUAUACUAAUACACUUAAAUUAGAUGAUAUUUUUUUAGAUUGUAGUCUGUCUGGUGACGACUUGAUUAAAAAUGAUAAUUAUGAUAAAAAUAGUGAGAAAUAUUAUCCGCUACCAAAUACUGGUAGUUUGUUUAUUCAAACAAAAACGUCAAAUCUUGUGUCACCUCUAAAACCUACACAAAAUAAUAUUAGUUUAGGAAUAGAUGUUGAUAAACCAUUAUCACCACCAUCAACAGAUAUUUUUAAUAACCUAUCAGAUUUAAAUAACCUAAUGAUUGAUGAUGAAAAAAAUACUGGUUUUUCAAAACCUGUUUCACCCCUAAAACCUUUACAAAUGAAUAUUAGUUUUGAUAUUAAUGACAAUGAACCACUGUCCCAAAAAUUAACAGAUUUUAAUUACCAAUCGGAUCUAAAUGAUUUAAUGAGUGAUGAGAGUACUGAAGAUAUACAAAAUCAUAAUGCUGAUAUUUUAAAACCGUUAUCGUUUGCAAAACCUUUACAAAUGAAUAUUAGUUCUGAUAUUGAUGACAAUGAACCACUAUCCCAAAAAUCAACAGAUUUUAUUUUCCAAUCAGAUCUAAAUGAUUUAAUGAGUGAUGAGAGCACUGAAGAUAUACAAAAUCAAAAUUCUGGUAUUCUGAAACCAUUAUCAUUUGCAAAGUCUUUACAAAUGAAUACUGGUUUUGAAAUUAAUAAUGAUGAAAUACUAUCCCAAAAAUCAACAGAUUUUAUUUUCCAAUCAAAUCUAAAUGAUUUAAUGAGUAAUGACAAGACAGAUGAAGAACAAAAUAAAAAUGUCAUUGAAAUUAAAGAGCAAGAACAUAUUAUUAUAUUAAACAAUGAGCAUUCUGAUAUUAACAAAUUAAAAUCAUUUUCACGUAAAGUCAACUUAAAUGAACCAAAAUUAACUUCAAUUUAUAAUUCUAAGUCAAACAUAGAAAAUAUUAAUCAUGAAUACAAUAAUAGUAGUUUAAAAAAUAAAAUAAAAAAUUCUCAGAUUGGUCCUAAAUCAAAGAAUAAAGAAUUUAAAAAGCAAAACAAAUCUAAAUGUUUCCGAGAAUUUGACUUAAAUGAACCAGAACCAUUAACAUCAAAUUAUUUUUUAUCAAAUACAAAAAGUAUUGAUUCAACACUUAAGUAUCAUCAAUUUAAUAAAAAUUCAAAAAAUGAAAUACAAUAUACUCAAAUUGAUUUUGAAUCACAGAAUAAAGCAAGCAAAAAACCAAACAAAUCAGAAUGUUUUCAUGAAGAUUAUUUAAAUGAAUCAAAAUUAUCAAUAUCAAAUUAUUCUAAAUCAAACGCAGAAAGUAUUCUUCGUAUUAUUGAUUCGACAUCUAAAUGUCAUCAAUAUAAUAAUAAAUUGCAAAAUAAAAUUAAAAACACUACUCAGAUUAAAUCUGAACCAAAGAAAAAAAAGUGUAAAAAAUCCAAGCUUUUAAAUGAACCAGAACUAUUAACAUCAAAUUAUUUUAAUUCAAACACAGAAAGUAUUGACUCAACAUCUAAUUGCCAUCAAUAUAAUAGUGUAUCAAAAUUAAAAAUAAAAAAUAUUCAGAUUGAUAUUGAGCCAAAUAAUAACAAAAAUAUAGAACAAAAUAAAACAAAACAUUCACACAAAACAACAAAUACAACAGAUAUUUUACCAAAUAAAAAACCAUCCAGUACAAAAAUUAUUAAAAAAAAUUGUUCUGCAAUUAAUACAUCAGAAGAUAUUGGACUCGAAUAUGAUACAAGUAAAGAUGAUUACAUGAUCGAGUUGCCUAAUGGUACUGUAAUCCCUGCAUUUUUGUCAACAUUAAAACCUAAAUAUGGAAAAAAACUUUGUGCUUGUGGAAUUCCUACUUCUGAGACCCCUAAUUAUUGGAGUGAAUCUUUUCAUGAAUCUUUACAUCAAAAUAUUUAUAAAUUACGUUUUAAAGGUAAUGUAUCUGAUAAUAAUACAAUCAAUGUGAAACAAAAUAAUCUAUUCUAUAAAAUAUUAAUUUUGGAUACAGAACAUUAUAAUGAUAGUGAUAUAAAAAAAUCCAUUAAAGAAGUUAAUGAAUUUGUAUGUUUGGAGUAUGGUAUUUUUAAAACUGGUAUUCUAUCGUAUAAGAAUUAUACAUAUUUAGCUGUAUUGCCUAAUCUUAAGGUUAUAGGAUACUUAGAAGUUGAGCCUAUACAUGAAGCAUACAAAAUUAAUAAUGAACAAGAACAACCGGUAGAAAAUAAAGUACCUGCAAAAUUUGGUGUACCAAAAAUUUGGGUUUUAGUCAAAUAUAAAAAUAAAAAUGUGGACAUUAACUUGCUAGAAACAUUUCGUAAAAAAGAACACCUUCAAAAAGAAGACUUGGCAUUUUCUCUUGGAGGAUGUCUAGGAGUUCAAUUUAUACAAGAAUACACGGGAAAUAAAAAUAUUUUAAUUUACAAACAACAAUAA